AUGAAGUUAAGACGCAACUACUCCGAGGCACUGCCCAUUAUCAAGAUCCUAGGUACUGCCCUCAUAGCCUGGAAGAUUACAUGUGUUGUCACCGGCACCGCAUAUCCCCUCAUGGUAGUCUCCUCAGGAUCAAUGGAGCCGGCCUUCUACCGAGGGGACCUCAUAUUCCUGUGGAAUCGGCAGGAGAGGAUUCACGCCGGUGAUAUUCCCGUGGUGUGGUUCGAUGGUCGUCCACUACCGAUGGUCCAUCGAGCGAUUCAUGUCUCCCAACAGGAAGUGAGUGGGGUUUCGCUCUCAAAGCAACUCAUCUUGACUAAAGGCGAUAAUAAUGCUGUCGAUGAUACCAUGCUUUACCCAGAGGGUCAGGAGUUUGUCCACCGCGAGAAUGUAGUGGGCUUAAUUCGUGGCUAUGUUCCUUAUGUUGGGUGGAUUAGUCUUUGGCUCAAGGAGAGCCCAUUGAUCUUGUAUAUAAUCACGUUUGUGUUUGUUGUUCUUGGCGUGGUAUCAUAG